UGUGGUGUAGUUAUGUUUUGAAAAUCUCCUUUUAUCUCCUUCUCUCUCUAUCUAUUUUCUAACCCCUUUGUUUUGUGUUGUCUUGUUUUUCUGUAUUCUCAUCUCUUCAUAUAUUCAUAAAAAAAACAUACAACAACCCGGGGAACAAUAGAGGGAGAGAAGAGGAAUCAUUGUUCCUUUCUCUUAGAAGAAGGGAACGACGAUUCCUCGUUUAUAUAUGUUUCCACCUCUUUCUGCCUGCUUCUAAGGGAUUUUUUAAUUCUCUUCGAAGGUGAUUCUUGUGCUGGCAUGGCUAUGUGGUCUUUUUGAGGAGGAUUAAUUAAUAAUAGACACACAUUAUUGGCUUUUUAUGAAAACCAAAAUGUUGGCUGGAUUAGUAAAGAAGUUAGCUUCCACCACAAUGGGAAGUUGUGGUUCAAAACCAAAUGGGAAGAGCAAGGGUCACAAAAGAAGGAGUCACAAAUCUGGAAAGCGCAGAGGAAACGUUUCCUCUGCGCUUACAGAGUUGCCUUUGAAAAGGGUUAGCAAUGCAGGAAACCGCGUGGGAGAUUUUAAUCUCAGUGAAUUUGUUCACCUGGAUUUUGACAAAGGUGGUUCGGCUGCCUGUAGGAGAUCAGAGGUUUCAAAUGUCAAGUUUCAUCUUACCCAGGUUCAAUACCACAGUCAAAUAGAUGCCAAUGGAGUAUACCAAGAGGAUGCAUGGUUUGACUCAGUUGACAUAAUAGAAUCCGAUUCAGAUGAUGACUUCAGUAGUGUUCAUGGAGAUUGUUUUCCUUUCGCCAGCGGCAACGCCAUGGGAAAUGUCCCAAAUACUCAGUUACUCCAGUAUGAAAGUUCAUCCUGCUAUGUAGAUUCAGGGUGCAAAUAUGAGGAGUUUUAUGAGAGCUACCUCAAGAUAGAUAAGAAUGGAGAGAAAAUUCAAGAAAACAACUCAAAACAAUCAACUGUUAUCAUGCUUUCUGUCACAAGAAAAUCAAUUGAUGCAAAUGAAAAGAAUGACUUAUGUGCAUCUGAGAGAUUUCUUUAUCGUCCGAGAGCAGGGAUUCAAGUUCCAGUUUCUACUCAAGAAAAGGCAUUCCCUGGUUCCUGGUCUGUAAUUUCGCCUUCAGUGUUCAAGCUCCGCAGCGAAACAUUUUUCAGAGAUAAGCAAAAGUCUCCUGCUCCAGAUGUCUGCCCUUACAAACCAAUAGGUGUUGAUUUAUUUGUGAGUCCAAGGAAGAUAAAUCACAUUGCUAAGCAUAUUGAACUUCCAAGUGUCGGUGAACAUCCAAAUGUACCUUCACUUCUCAUUGUAAAUAUACAGUUGCCUACAUAUCCUGCUAGCAUGUUCAUUGGUGAUGCCAAUGGAGAAGGCUUGAGCCUUGUGCUAUAUUUUAAGUUGUCAGAGAAUUUCGAAAAGGAGAUCUCGCCGUGUUUUCAGGAUAAAAUCAAGAGAUUAGUGGAUGAUGAGAUGGAAAAGGUUAAAGGGUAUGCAAAGGAAAGCUCAGUUCCCUUUAGAGAAAGACUCAAAAUUUUGGCUGGAGUAGUUAAUCCAGAAGACCUUAAUCUGAGUUCUGCAGAGAGGAAACUUAUACACGCUUACAAUGGCAAGCCAGUGCUUUCGCGUCCUCAACACCAAUUCUUUAAGGGACCAAACUACUUUGAGAUAGACCUCGACAUACACCGCUUUAGCUAUAUAUCGAGGAAGGGACUUGAUGCCCUUCGAGACCGUGUAAAGAAUGGAAUACUUGAUGUUGGAUUAACUAUCCAGGCACAAAAGGAAGAGGAACUUCCUGAGCAAGUGUUAUGCUGCUUAAGAUUGAAUAAAAUUGACUUUGUUAACCAUGGUCAAAUUCCUACCAUUAUGGCUCUUGAAGACAAAUGAUUAGUUGAUCAAUGGGGAAAAUGGAAAAGAAAGGAAGGAAAGAUUUCUGGUAUUUUAAAAGAAUUGAGGGUCACAUCUAUUUAAUUAACACAAAAAAAAUAUAAAAUAAAGAGAAGAAAAUUAAAGAAAUUUUAACCUUCUCUUAAGUCCAACAUUUUUUUUAUAUCUUAAUAUGUGAUGAUGGUAUUGAAGUCCUGUAUGUUACUUUGCAUAAUUCUCUUGUGUAAAAUAGAUGAUUCUGAUUCAUGACUGGAUUUUUAUAUAUUUUAAAAAUGAAGGUGUAAUAUUACAUGAUUUUGAAUAUGAGAGAGGCUUUUUAGUAGUGCCCAUGAUUAUUGGAA